CCACUCGACAAAGAUGGCAGCUGCUCGACCAACUGUCAACGUCCGAGGUGCUGACGGUGCCGCCGCUGGCUCCGUCACCCUCCCCGCCGUCUUCACGGCCCCCAUCCGUACCGACGUCGUCGAGGCCAUCCACAAGUCGAUGGCCAAGAACAAGCGUCAGCCUUACGCCGUCUACAACGAGGCCGGCAUGCAGACGAGUGCCGAGUCGUGGGGUACCGGUCGUGCCGUCGCCCGUAUCCCCCGUGUUGGCGGCGGUGGUACGCACCGUUCGGGCCAGGCCACUGGCUCCAACGCCGCCCGAGGUGGUUGGAUGUACUCGCCCACCAAGGUCUGGCGCCGUUGGUUCGUCAAGGUGAACCAGAACCAGAAGCGCUUCGCGACUGCUUCGGCCCUCGCCGCCACGGCCAUCCCUUCGCUCCUCCUCGCCCGCGGUCACCGCGUCGAGCAGCUCGAGGAGGUGCCCCUCGUUAUCUCGGACGCUGCGCAGGACUUCAAGAAGACCAAGGAGGCCCUCGCCCUCCUCCAGGCCGUCAACGCCUACCCCGACGUCGUCAAGGUCUCCAACUCGCGCAAGGUCCGUGCCGGCCAGGGCAAGCUCCGCAACCGCCGCUACAAGCAGCGCCGCGGUCCCCUUGUUGUCUACAACGAGGACAACGGCAUCGUCAAGGCCUUCCGCAACCUGCCCGGCGUCGAGCUCGUCAGCGUUCACCGCCUCAACCUGCUCCAGCUCGCGCCCGGUGGCCACGUCGGUCGCUUCUGCAUCUGGACCGAGUCGGCCUUCAAGCAGCUGGACACCGUCUUUGGCACCCACGACAAGCCCUCGGAGGAGAAGAAGGGCUUCCGCCUGCCCACCGCCAAGAUUGCGCAGACGGACGUGACGAGGAUCAUCAACUCGACUGAGAUCCAGUCGGCGGUGCGCCCCGUCAAGUCCGAGGCGAGGAUCAAGCGCCCCUUCACGCAGAAGAAGAACCCGCUCAAGAACCGGGGUGUCCUCUUCCGGCUCAACCCCUACGCCCAGUCGCACAUCCGCGCCGCCAUCCGCGAGGAGCAGAUGCGCAAGGCUGGCAAGGCCAAGAAGCUCAGCCAGAGGGGCGACCGCAACCUCGCUUCGGGUGCCUUCCUGGAGCAGCUGCACGCUCCUUAAAGAGGCAGAGACUGCGUGUCUUUUGCUUCUUUUUCUCUUCUUCUUUCUUCUUCUUUCUCUCCUCUAGGGUCUUGCAUCUGCAAACCCCGUCUUCUACUACACAUUCUUCAUUUCUCGGCGGUCUUGUCGCCGCUUGUCACCAUCAUACAGUCGCUCAUCUCAUCACUGUCACGUCUCAGUGGCCGCAGAUCCCCCCGGCCCACGAUCAUCACCCAAACCCAAAACCAUCUUUCAGGAGC